CUCCAGAGAAUGACUACUAGUUGACUAGAGAGGUCUUAACAGCUGUGGCAGUACUCCGCUCACGGGACUGAGAUUAUAGACACAUCAUAUUAACACACUGACAAGUGGCUAAUGUUUUUUCUUCUAGAUCUAGAAUCAAAUAUUCAGCACACAGUGUCUGAUUUCUCUGCUGGAGUGUGGCAUGGAUUUAAACAGCUUUAGUCACAUUGAAUAUUCAUGAGCCUGCUGCUGUUCUCCAGGAGCGUGCAGGAGUCCAACCUGUUGUUGAUCAAAAGUAAAACUGAUAUCCUCUUAAAAUAACAGCGGCUGAAGAAUAUUGAGGCUCCCAGACACUUCCAUUCACAUUUUUCAAAAAGCAAAAGCAUCCUCGGUGUAAAUGACCCCUUAAAACUAACUAAAAAGAAUAAAAAGCAUCAGGAUUAUUGCUGGCUGUAAGACGAGAGCAAACACUGCUGAAUGUUUUGAAGCUCAGAGUCACAGGGCCCUGGGAGAGACUGAAAGGGAUUUUAUUACAAAGAGAACAAACCUGGAGAUUAUUACGUGAAACAAAACCAUAUCCAAUCAGAAAGCGAGCUGACAGAAGACCGAAGCAUGAUGAGAAACGAAGGAUUCAGACGGCAGAGAUCCAUCCGUUUGAAGAUUUGAAGCGUUUCCUGGAAAACACUGAUUCUGAGAGAUUGGGAGCCUGUGUGUGUGUGUGUGUGUGUGUGUGUGUGUGUGUGUGUGUGCUGUCUUCAUCCCAGUAUAAGAGCACAGUGGUCAAAUAUAGAACUUUUUGUCCUUUUUGUCCUCAUGUUUGUGGUCUCUCACAUUUAGACAAUCUUAUAAGAUUAAAAAAUCUUGUAGUGCGUCCUCAGCCUUAAACACAGUUCUUCAGGUGAUGUUAAACGCACACAAAGAUGACCGCGAAGAUAAACAGUCUUUAAUGGUAAUACAGCCUCGAAUCAGAAAUAUGACAAAAAACUGUGGAAAAACACCAUAAAACGAUGGGACUGGACAGAAACAAUCAUCACAAAUGCUUGAGUUAUUUGUAGCAUUUACUUGUAAUAUUGAAAAUAUGUAUUAGAAUCACAAAAAGACACUUUUUUAAUCCCUCUCUGAGAACCUCUGCUAAAAGACUAGAUAAACAGUCCUGAAAGAUCUAGUGUACUGUACUCAAUGUUACUUUAAUUUACUUCAAAAAACACUAUUUACUCUAUUUUACUAUUUUAUUUUUCACAUUUUACAACUAUUGCAUCGAAUGAAACCCAUGUUUUUGUCAGCCAAACUCUGUUCUCCUGUUUCCUCCUGAGAUUAAUAUCCUCUAAUAUUUUAGAUAUGUAAAAUUAGGUCUGGUGUGAGAUAUUUAUUAAAAGAAAGCCUUGGCACUCGAUGAGAAAUACCAUUUUUACUCCACAAUCAAGAGAUUUUAACCAAUGUUAUAGAUUUUUUUCAUUAAGACCAUAAAGAACCAUAUUAUCAUGUGGAAAAUGACCCUUUCUGGAUAAGGAUUUUAAACGUUUAAUUUUUACUAUGCUCCAAAUUCAAUUUGAGCAUACUUCAUUUAAGCGAAUCGAUUCCUUCGAACUGCUCCAAACAUUACAAAUAAUUAACUGAGUGAUUAAUUUCGCUCAUUAUAUUGUCAGGGCUAAUAAAACAAAACGGCGGGUCCGGUGACCGCUCCGAGAGUCCAGUUCGGACCGAAACGAUCCGUUCAAACGAGUCGAUUCGAUUCAGAAUCAACACUACGUCAAGAUUCACUCCGGCGCGCUCACACAGCCGAGGCGCGAGCGUCGCGUUCACGCGUCUGCGGGUGAAGCGCUCGUCGUUUCGUGAUUUUCUCCGUUCUCUGGACCGCUGCAGGUGAAGCGCUGGGCGUCGCGUCGCCGGGAUGGAGCUCCGCUGGACCUGAUCCGUGUGGAGAUGGAUAGAAGGUUCUCUUCAGGAGACAAAGACGAGCUCCACGUGGAGGAUGUGAGGAUGCGUGAGCGUCUGCUGUGGGACGAGCCGCUGCAGAUCUCCUGGCUGAUGGAGGCCGAGCCGUUCACCUCCUCCCUCCAGGCGUUGGCUCCUGUGGCGGGCCCCGGCAUGACCCUGGAGCAGAAGACCACCUUUGCCUUCGUCAUCUUCCUCUUCGUCUUCCUCUGCAUGCUGAUCGUGCGCUGCUUCCGUAUCCUGCUGGACCCCUACCGCAGCAUGCCCACCUCCACCUGGGCCGACGGCCUGGACGGCCUGGAGAAGGGACAGUUUGACUACACGCUGGCGUAGACACACACACACACACACACACACACCGCUCACUGCCAUCCACAUACACUACUAGAUGUUGUUUGAGAAGAUAAGUGUGCAGUGGUUUAUCUUCCAGGUCGAGCGGAUCUGGAGACACAGGGUAGCCCUCUUUUAUAUCCUCGUCCCGUCCUCGUGUGUCUGUGCUGUCUUUAACUGCCAAGUACAAACCUCUAGAAGAGAAGCUCUUUCUAAGACCGUUUAUAAGCACUUCAUAUGACGCUUUUGUCGAAAUAGCCUUAAAAAAAAACGUCCACCGUCAAAGUUUACAUGAUUCAUUCCUGGCAGGUACUGCAGAGCUUCUGGUCACAUCCUGGCCUUUUUAGAGAUGACUACGCAGUUAGGACAGGCUUCUUAGAUGAGCUGCUGAUUCAUAGCGUGUGCAACACGUGGCUCCUUCACAGGUUCUUUACGUCAGAAAGGAUCUGUCAGCCUUAGCACAAUAAAUACUCCUAGAUCUACCUGUAUGUUCGUAGGCUGUAGUUUCGUAAGCCUUAACCCGUGAAGCUGCCAUCAGGAGAAGCAUCGUAAUGUGAAGUCGCACGAGCCAUUUAGGUCUUCCAUCCUUCGAACGCUAGUCUAGAAAACCCACGCUCUCGAGAGCCGAGGUGAACGCUCCUCUUCCUCACCGGUGAUAAUCGUGAUGAUUUUAGUUGCACUACUUCAUUGAACCUGCUGUCACUGUGAAAGAGCACUCAGUCAAGGACGUGUCAUCCUGAUUUAACAAUCCUGUUUGAAAGACGGAAGAGAUCGGUUUUCAUCGUUCCUCGUGAAGCUGCUCUCUAGACCAAGCACUAAACGGCUGUCUGUGAGUUUCAGUACAGUGUGUGGAGCCUCAAAACUAUUAGACCUUCAUACUGUUUAGAAAUAAGUGUCUAUAAAACAGAGAAGUAAUACAAAGCACCAGUAUAUUCAAACACAAGAUAAAGCUGAAUUACAAUGCUUUGUUUUAAUAGUGUCACGACCUCAUUUAUGUCUCAAAGAGAUGAUGAAUAAAACAUUUCCAAAGCAGACA